AUGCAGUCAGGAACCGAUAAUCGACAAGGGGACGCGUUGGGAUUCGAAGCGAACUUGGUCUUCUCUAACGGAUCCGACACGCUGCUCGGCAUCCACAACGACGCCAGAGUGAACCGCUCGCUCGCCACGCAAGAACACAUCGGCAAGACGAGCUACAGCGCCUAUGUCCAGCAUAUACAGUAUGGUACCUACCAGGGUAAACCGGCAUGCCUCAUCGGCAUCGAUUUCGCCUUUCGCUUUCCGCCCCUUGCGGGCAGCCGGUUCUCCUCCGCGGAGAUCGAAGUCACCUUCGAGAAGGUCCUGAAUAUCCAUAAUCCGUCGGUACGAUCAACAGACGCCUCCCUCGAUCCUAUCGUUGCCAAUUUUGCCCCCAAAACAGUCGUCGGACAGGUCAAGGAACUGGAAAGCACAAAGUUGUUCGAAAUUGAGGUUCCUGUAGUCUUCGAGACGCCGUUUGGUACGGCAGGGCUUACUUCGAGAUGGUCUAAAGAGACAAAGGUUACGGAGGAGGGACGUAUGGAGAUUCACGGCAACCUGGCGCAAGAUGACGACCACGAUGACGGGGCGAAUUCGGUAACGUGGGACAUGACAGAGAAUCCGAUCAGCAAGGAAGGAAUUCUCCGCUCUUUUCGGGGUGCUUUUAUUCUCUUCUACCGCAAAAAUGAGGCUUUCUGGAUGCGUGUGUCUGUUAAGCCGGUUGUGAAGUUUAGCCUAGACCCUCGAAGAUUGUUUACCAAGAGGCUUGUGGGGGACAAAGAUGACCCAGUCCUGCUUGACGGGCAGACUGCCCGCGGCAGUCUAUCCUGCCUAGGCUAUAGUGCCUUUGACUCUAGUGCGUUCCCUUGGCAUGAAGUCCUAAACCUGCCAGCGCCUCUAGGCAGUAAAGAAUAUUAG